AUGGUCUUUCACUCCUCUUACCUGCUUGUCAUCGUCACAGCAGCACUAUUCUUCCUUCAAGGACAAUGCAAACCUCUGGAUGUUCAGACGCGUGGAAUCUGCGCGACAGAGGACCCCGAACCCUCGUUUCUGAACGCAGUGCAGCGCGUGCAUACCAAUGAAGUGAAGAAUCAAGGGUCUCCGGCACGAGAUGGCCCUAUUGAAAUCGAUACGUGGUUUCAUAUCGUCAGUAGUUCUGCGGCGCGUGACCAGGUGACGGAUGAUAUGGUUGAUGCUCAGCUGGCCAUUCUCCAGACCGCAUAUCAAGAUGCGCAAAUCUCAUAUCGACUCCAAGGAGUCACCCGCAAUGUCAACGAUGCCUGGGCUCGCAACGACGACGAGCUGGGCAUGAAAAAGGCUCUUCGAAAGGGCACAUACUCCACACUCAACGUCUACUUCCAAACCGAUCUCCACGCCACCCCCAGCCAAGUCACACGCAUACUUUCCUCCAAAACCCACCAGCAUCAACAAUCCCCGCAGAAGCAGCAGCGCGGCUCAUCCAACUCACCAUCACCCUCCACCUCCAAGAAAAAAGACCUCGCCGUCAGCGUUCUCGGCUUCUGCACCCUCCCGGACCCAAACAUCAACUCCACAAGCCCGCGAUCCGCCUACAUCAAAGACGGCUGCAACAUCCUCGCGGCCGCCAUGUCCGGCGGCUCGCUGGACCAGUAUAACCGCGGCGGCACGGCGAUCCACGAGAUCGGCCACUGGAACGGACUACUGCACACGUUCCAGGGCGAGACGUGCGACCCGAACGAUCCGGGCGAUUACAUAUCUGACACGCCGCAGCAGUCCUCACCGACAAGCGGAUGUCCGGCGUCGAGGGACUCGUGUCCGGAUUUGCCGGGUGCGGACCCGAUUCACGAUUUUAUGGAUUAUUCGUCGGAUGUGUGUUAUGAGAGUUUUACGGCGGGGCAGAAUGAGAGGAUGAGGAGUAUGUGGGGGAGUAUGAGGGAGGGGAAGUGA